UUUAUUGAACUUUAUGUGCCUUAAUAAGCAGUGUUUCAACGUAAAUGUUCAUAGUUCACUCGGUUUAAGAUUGUGAUUUUCCAGUAAUGGCUGGAAGAGGAAAAAGAAAAUUCGGGGAUGACAAUGGGUUUGAAGACAAGGGAGGCUAUAUGGCAGCUAAAAUAUCAAAACUGGAAAAUCAAUAUUUGAAUGAGAAGUUCAAUGAAGCAUGUGAAGAAGAAAAAUUAAGCAACAUAUUUUUGAAUAUUGCCAUUUUUGUAAAUGGUUACACCAAUCCAACUGCUGAAGAACUGAAACGCAUAAUGCUAGCACAUGGGGGUAUUUAUCAUCAUUAUUAUAAUUCUCGAGCUACCACUCACAUAAUUGCCUCCAACUUAUGUGAUGCCAAAAUCAAGAAACUUAAAGGGGAUGAAAAAUUUGUUAAGCCUGAAUGGAUUGUUGAUUCUGUGAAAGCGAAUUCGUUAUUAGAUUUGAAGCCAUAUCUGCUGUAUACUGGACUAACAUUAGAUAAAGGACAACAAAAGCUGGGCAUUGUUUCAAUGGCGAAGAAAGAAGAUGUCACCUACUGUGAAAAUAGAAAUGAAAGAGCAAUGGUUACAGAUUCACCUGCAAAAAAUUCUGCUAGUGAUAUUAGGCAAUCAAGAGAAAUGAAGCGAGCGGGAGAAGACGAUUUUUUGUCUGAAUUUUACAAGCGCUCCAGGCUCCAUCACAUUUCUACCAUGGGAGCUUUGUUCAAACGGCAUGUGACGGAGUUGCGUGAAAAAAAUAAUGGAGUUUUCCCAGGGAUGGAAAACAUAGAAAAUUGGAAAAAAACAUCUGGGUACCAAGGGAGCCAUAAAAACGAAGAUACUGUGUUCAUGCACAUUGAUAUGGAUUGCUUCUUUGUUUCGGUUGGGCUGCGGAACUAUCCGUCCCUGGUGGGCAAACCAGUUGUCGUGACCCAUGCAAAAGCUGAUUCCAAGCCGCUCCCAAGACGUGAAGGCCGUAAUCGGGAAUAUGAAUUCGAAUGCUAUAAAGAACACUGGAUAAAAAAAUCAAAAUUCUCUGAAAGUAACAAUGCAGACGAAACGGAAGCUGGUCUUACAGAUGUAUUUCCCCGGCUACAAGAUUUGGAUGAAACAUGUUCCAUGUCUGAAAUCGCUUCAUGCAGCUAUGAAGCUCGUGCAGCUGGUAUUUAUAACGGAAUGUUCAUGGGAGCAGCCUUGAAGUUAUGUCCAUCUCUCGUUGCGAUUCCUUACGAUUUUGAAGGAUAUAAGGAAGUGUCCACUUUACUAUACAAUACUGUGGCUUCCUAUACCCUGGACUUGGAAGCCGUCAGUUGUGAUGAGUUGUAUGCGGACAUUACCACAGUUUUGCGACAAACUGGACUUACACCAUCAGACUUCGCGACGCACUUGAAAGAAGUUAUCUUCAGCAAAACACGGUGUAACGCCUCUGUCGGAAUGGGCCCUAAUAUGCUUAUGGCUAGACUCGCAACAAAAAAAGCGAAGCCAAAUGGACUAUUUUAUAUUCAGAAGGGAGAAAUGGUUGAAUUUAUGAAAAGUCACAAGAUCGAAGACUUACCGGGUGUCGGAAGAUCUAUGGCUCAUCGGUUUCAUGCGUUAGGCGUCAAUACCUGUCUUGAGAUGCAGCAGGUGGAUAUGGAAACCAAAAAGUGUGAAAAUUUAAAUGUGCAAAUCUUUUUCCCGUUUCAAUUUCAGGUUACCAUAGGAAAGCUUCAACAAGAAUUCGGCCAAAAGCAAGGGCAAACCUUGUAUUAUAUGUGCCGAGGAGAAGAUAAGCGCAGCCUAAAGACAGAGCACAUCCGAAAAUCCAUUUCUGCCGAUAUAAACUAUGGGGUGCGUUUUGCAAAUGACCAGGAAAUGUACAAAUUCGUUCAAGAGCUAUCGUCUGAAGUUUCCAAAAGAAUGGAAGAAAUUCACGUCAGAGGACGGCUCUUGACGUUAAAACUUAAAAUUCGCGCAAAAGAUGCUCCCGUCGAGACGGCUAAAUUUAUGGGUCAUGGAGUGUGCGAUAGCAUUUCUCGAUCAACAACGUUGGUAACAGCCAGCCGUGAAACCAAAAUCAUAGAAAAGGAGGUUCAAAUUCUUCUAAAGCAACUCAAAGUUGAUUGCUGUGAGUUACGUGGAAUGGGUAUCCAGUUUAGCAAACUUGUAGCUGAUAAUGUGUCAAAAGGCAAACAACCGAAACAAAAUUCCUUACUGUCCUUCGUUGCACGUUCCAAAAUAUUUCCAUCGGAAAAUCUUGUAACAACAGUUCCACCAGAAGACAUUGUAAAGACAGUCCCCUCAGAAAAUUUUAUAACACCCUGCAUUGCUACCCCCAAUGCAGAGGAACCUGACAAUGAGAAAGUGGAAUCUGAUGGAAAACAAGGCGAUGGAAAAAGAGCAAAUGACAACGCGCGCUUUGAGCUUCCUUCAUUUUCUCAGAUUGAUCCUACUGUUCUUGACCAACUUCCCAAUGAUUUGAAAGCCGACAUUAUUCAAGAAUAUCAACGACAGGGAAUUGCGUUAAGCGGAGUGAAUAGUCUUACGAAAAACUAUUCAGAACCUGUAGCAGGACCGUCGAAAGCUGAAGCGGGAAAUGGUUCUUCCCUUGCCGAUUCUCAGAUUGAUCCUUUGGUUUUUGACCAACUUCCUGAUGAUUUGAAGAACGACAUUAUUCAAGAAUAUCAACGAAAAGGAAUUACUUUAAGCGUUGCGAAAAGUUCUACGGAAAACUUCCCAAAACCUAUAGCAGGAACGUCGAAAACCGAAACAGCCCUUGGGUCUUCCGUAGCUAAAGAAUCAGUGAACUCUUCUGGGACUUCACUGUCAGAAAAGCCGGUAUCGUACGAUGGAAUCGAGGAGAUCACGGACAUCGACGCGAGUUACUGGUCGGCAUUGCCAGAUGACAUCAGAAUUGAAAUAGAAAGAGACAUUCAGCAACGCAAAUCGGAAACAACCUCACCAAUGAAGGGUUGGAAAAGUAUAUUUAAGCCUCAGCGAUCUCCUGUUAAAGCUGCCGGAAAAAUUUUAAACGGGAAGACAAAAGCUGAAACCAAGCGAAAAACCAAAUUUCAAGAAAUACCGAAAGCAAAAGUUCAACCUACGAUUCCAAUUCCGGUUGCAAUAGCUCAGGAGAAGGUAGUAAUAGAUGCAAAACGUCUUGAAGCGCCAAAAGAAGAAUUAACUUUGAGUGGCGCUUCUACUUUGCCGGAAAUUCGGCAACUGUUGCUGGAAUGGUUUUCUACAUGUGAUAGCCCUGAAAGUGAGGAUUGCGAGGCUGUCUCGAAGUUCCUUGCAAGUUUGGUAAAUAAUAAAGAAUUGCACAAGAUUGAACCCAUUAUUCUUUUCUUAAGAAGAAGGUCAGUUGGGCAAAGUGAUUCAUGGAAACGUGCAGUUGAUGAUAUAAUCAACACCACUCAGCUGUAUGUGAUUCAGUAUUACAACGCCCCGCUGAAACUCCCUUCGUCGUUUUUAUGAUUGCCAUAGCUCCGUACUUUUCAUUUACGUGGUCCGUGAAUACCGCCUACCAGCCUACGGGGAUCGUAGUUCCCUGCUGCAGUUCGGCAGUCCCUGGUUCCCAGCCUUCGCCUGCUACUGCUGGAAUGCUAGCCUGUAACUGGAA